AUGCACUAUAAGACGCACAUGCCCGCACGAUUCUCUGUGGAUGACCAGAUGGCCGAGGCGCUGGCGUCGCAGGAACUUAUGGGAAAUCGUCAACGGAAGAACUUUCUCAAGCUUUUUCGCAAAUAUUCAAAGGUCAAACAGACCUCGAUCGAUUGGAACUCGGUAAAACCACCGACAAGUGGCACAUUAACGAGCAACACGUCGGUAGAGAGCUGUCCUAAUGAUAUGAAUCUCCGACACGAGCUGCUUGAUAAGCUCGUCAUUCUAAAGCUAAAUGGCGGUCUGGGUACGACACUGGGCUGUGAAGGACCGAAGAGUGCAAUUGAAGUGCGUCAAGACUUGUCGUUCCUUGAUCUCACUGUACGCCAAGUGGAGUACUUGAACAGCGUGUACGGUGUCGAUGUCCCGCUUGUGCUCAUGAACUCGUUCAAUACGCACGAGGAGACUGUGCGCAUUAUUCGCAAGUAUCGCAUGCACAAUUUGAGCAUUCACACAUUCAAUCAGAGUUGCUAUCCUCUUAUCGUCAAGGAGACAAUGUUACCACUGCCCAAUACAAAGUAUGACCGCUCUACACGCGACAAGUGGUUCCCGCCAGGUCAUGGUGACGUCUACAACGCGCUGUUUGAGUCUGGACUGUUGGAGAAUCUGAUCAACCAAGGCAAAGAGUACAUUUUUAUCUCCAAUGUCGACAACCUUGGCGCGACUGUGGACCUGGACAUGCUCUAUUACAUGAUAAACGAAGAAUCUGAGUUUGUCAUGGAGGUGACCGAGAAGACCCGCGCUGAUGUUCAGGGAGGCAUGCUUGUGAGCUACAAGGGCAAACCCCAUCUUUUGGAAGUAAGUCAGGUGCCACCAGAGCACAUGGACGAUUUCCGUGCGAUCAACAAGUUUGGGACGUUUAACACGAACAACCUCUGGGUGAAUUUGCGUGCAAUCCAACGGCUGGUGGCACAGGAUCUCAUCGACAUUGAGCCGCUUGUUAACUUCCGUAACGUGAAGAACCACAAGGUUGUGCAGUUGGAAACCGCAGCUGGUGAGGCGAUCCACCUAUUCAAAAAUUUCAUUGGAUUGAAGGUGCCACGUUCACGUUUCCUACCUGUGAAAUCCUCGUCGGAUCUCUUCCUUGUGCAGUCAAAUCUGUACCAGAUAAAGCAUGGUAGUUUGAUCAUGAACCCAGCACGCACGACGCCUACAAUCCCUAUAGUGAAGCUUGGACUAGAGUUUCAAAGCGCGAAGGAGUACCUAGCACGGUUCGAGAAUAGCAUUCCCAACAUCACGGAAUUAGAUCACCUCACGGUCGCUGGCGACGUCAAGUUUGGCUCCAACAUUACACUUAAAGGAACAGUGAUUCUUGUUGCUAACGAAGGUGCUCAUAUUGAUCUGCCUGACGGAACUGUCUUAGAAAACAAGGUAGUGACUGGUAACCUGCACAUCUUGGAUCAUUAG